AUGCGCGUGGUUGCUAUUGUCAUUGCGCUCGUCUCCCUUGGUGUCCUGACAGCCGCCCAGGCCGUCCGGCGCGGAAGCCCCGAUGAAUUCACUGCCCUCGGCUGCCCCGACACCACCAAGCUGGAGGCCUCCCAGGCCGAACAGCUGGCCGCCUGGGACGACUUCACCAACUUGCUCUACACAGAGAAGCGCCUCACCGACGCCUUCACGAAAUAUGUCGCAACCGGCUACAUCAAUCAUUCGCCUCUGGUGACUGGAAAUGGCAUCGACACUACUCUGGGCGAGUUGUCCGCUAUUGUCCCCAAUGUGGACUCUCAGUUACAGCGUGCGUUUGUCGGAUGGGAUAAGGACGGCACUGCAUAUGGAACUGCUCAUACCAAAGUCAUUGGUAAUGCGACCAUGGGGAUCCCCAAUUCGGCCCUGGUGGACAUGAUCCGCAUGGUGGGGACGUGCUUGGUGGAACAUUACGACGUGCAGCAAGCUGUGGAUGGCACUGCGCCGAAUCCCAUCGCGUUCUUCUAA